AAGAGCUCCUUGGACAGACAAAAUAACUCAGCAGGAAAUAAGACACCACGCUGAAAAAUUGUCUGCCUUCCACAGUUCUCCAUCUGGAAAAUAAAUCAGACACUUGAAGCCUUCUGAAGAGAUGUGGUGUGACUCUGCAUGGGCAGGUCCCUGAAGCCUUCUGAAGAGGCAAAUCAAGGAAGGACAGAAAUAAAGACAGAAGAGAGAGAAAACAAAGAAUAUCACCAGUCUUUAGAUACUUCAUUGGUCCUGCCACAUGCAUAGUCCAGAGCUGAGUGCUGGCAGAUGUCACUGAGUACAGCGAAUCUGUGGCUCUGGAUGUGCCUUGGAUUGGGUGAAUGCAGACCACGACCAGCCCUGGACUCCACUCCAGCUGCACUGCAAACACAAAGCCUCUCACAGCUCUGAAAGAAGUUACUUUAUUACAGUAGAAGAACCUGGUGUUCCACUUUAGCAACACUUAAAUACUCCUGGAAGGAGAGACGUAUCUUGGAUUAUAUAAUGCUUGCUGAUUACUUUAGAGCCUUUGCUGUGGUGUGCCUGCUGCUGUUAACUGUGAUGAAGAUUUCAGACCCUUCACUCAAGUCUUUGUAGAGAAAGACUUAAAAUGUUUCCAAAUGAGUGGAGUGCUUCUGUUACAAUAGCUUGUCUAGCUGGGCUUCUCAACAGAAAGUCAUCUGGAAAGAGAAGUUGCCUAGACACUGAAAAUAUUUCUCAUCUUGAGGUGUUUGUGAUCUCAAAAGACUCCAGAACUUCCAGAGACUACUUUAAAUCAAUUCAGUAAGGAAGGCUUCAGUUACUGCUCUUGUUGUCUCUGGUUAGUUUUUUGUUGGCUGUCUGACUUCUUGGUUUAUUUUUUGCUUUUGUCUCUUGGUGUUAGUCUUAAGACCAUGUGAGCUUAUGUGAAGUGCUUCAGUAGGCUCUGCAGUCAAUACCCAGGCACACUGAUAUCACAGGUUACCAUGGAGCAUUAAAGGCCACACAGAAGUGACAGCUUGCACUCAGUAACGAUGUGUCUUACAUUAAAGGGCUUGGCCUUGCAGUUAAGUCCAUCACUGAGCUCCCAGGAACCUACCAGACAGAUGGGAAAUAGGUGCCUUCCCUCAAGGAACAGUCAGCAAAGAAGGGAGCAGCUUGUGGAGCUCAGUACAGUUGAAAUUGAGAUGAGCAGCUGGUCUCUGCAGCAGCUAUUUGCUUCACAUGUGCACAGAGACAGGACAGCUUGUCAUUACAGAAAGAAGCUGAUGUGAGGGGAAGGGGCUCUAGACUGAGUUUGAAUUAUAGGUGUCUAAAAUUAUGGCAGCCUAAGAAAUGGUAGACCCAAAGGCCCCUGAGUCCCAUAAGCCUUUAAUCUACAGUGCCCAGAAGAAUAUGAAAAAAAGCAGAGAUACAUCUCAAGUGUCUGGCUUAUUUUCCCCAACUAAAUUAACUGUAAGCGCCGUAGUUAUUUACCACAUGCAGAAAGUGACAAGAUGAUAGUUCAAGUACUUACUUGCUUACUUUACAAGGCAAUGUAAAUAUUGUUGCACGCAAAUCUCCCACAAACAGCAGUAGGAGUUUCAACUCUGGAUGACUGCAGGUUCUGGCAUAAUCUUUGUGAGGUGGUGAUUUUUUCCAUGAAAGAAGAAAAAUUAUAUGAAAGGAGUUGGUAACUUUACAGACCCUUUCUUUUUGUGAUCUCAGCUUGAUUUAACAACUCAAAAAUGGUAAAGACUGAUUUCUAAGUUACAUGCACGGUUCAAGUGUGCCACAGUUCUGCUACUAGAUUCACCCAAAAUAUUGUUUCAUGAAAAAGAAACACUUCUUACUAAGUCAGCCCCACAGGAUGCACUGUAAUGGGGUUUUCCUUGAACAUAUCAGAUAUCUUGUUUAAGAGCAAAUUCUGUGUUUCAUUUUCACAUCUUACCCUAUCAAGGUUUAUUGUUUUACACUUUAUACUUGAUCCUGCAUCAUUUUCCCAUCCAAGUUUUUUAUCAGUGACAAACUAUGUGGCCCUGAGCAGCUCGGAGAAGUCCCUCUGUCCCCAGCCGUGUGUUCGAGCCGCUCUACAGGCCAGGCUGUCAGCGAAGCAGUCGUUUCUUAGGGGCAGAAGAGCGGAGCCGAGCAGCUCAGGUUUAAGGGCUUUUCUGUUGAGAAGGGAGAGGGGUGCGUGUCUCGCUCGCUGCCGUGUGACAGCCCCGCGGGGGCGGCGCUGGCGGCCCUGCGGUGCCCGGGGCGGGGGCGGCCCGGCCCGGCCCUGCCUCCAUCGCCGCGGGGCCGCUUCCCCCUCGCCGGGGCCGCGGCUCUUAAGGGCGGCGCGGCGGGGCCGGCCCCAGAGCGCCGCCAGCUCUCGGGCCGCGCUGCCGUGCUCGGCCCGGGCGGCCCGCAGCGCAGCCUCGGCCGGCAGCGGAGCCCCAUGCGGCACGGGCGGCCCUAGGCUGCGCCCCGGCCGCAGCAUGCCGCUCCCGCUGCGCCUGGCGUGGCUGCUCGGGCUCUGCAGCCUCUGCCGCGGGUACUUCGAGGGGCCGCUGUACCCCGAGAUGUCCAACGGGAGCCUGCACCACUACUUCGUCCCCGACGGGGACUACGAGGAGAACGACGACCCCGAGCGGUGCCAGCUGCUGUUCCGGGUGAGCGAGCAGCGGCGCUGCGGCGCGGCGGCGGCGGGCGGCGGGCUCAGCCUGCGCGAAGAGCUGACGGUGCUGGGGCGGCAGGUGGAGGACGCGGGCCGGGUGCUGGAGGGCAUCGGCAGGAGCAUCUCCUACGACCUGGACGGGGAGGAGAGCUACGGUGCCUACCUGCGCCGCGAGUCCGCCCAGAUCAGCGACGCCUACUCCAGCUCGGACCGCUCGCUGAGCGAGCUGGAGGGCAAAUUCCGGCAGGGCCAGGAGCAGGGCGGCCGGGAGGAGUCCCGCCUGGGCGACAGCUUCCUGGGGCUGCUGCUGCACGCCCGCGCCCUGCUCCGGGAGACCCGCCACGUCUCCAGCGGGCUGCGCGACAAGUACGACCUGCUGGCGCUCACGGUGCGCAGCCACGGCGCCCGCCUCAGCCGCCUCAAGAACGACUAUCUCCGCGCCUGAGCCGCAGCGACCGAGCCCGGACCCGCCGCCGCCUCUGCAGACACCCCCGGCCCCACCGCCGGGCCCCCGAAGGCACAGCCCGGGCGUCCGCCUGGAAGGAGCACCUCCUUGGACAAACCCUGCAGUUAGGAAGCUGGGAAAAGACAUCCGAGAUCACCAAGUCCAGCCUUUGACUGAAUACCACCACGCCCACUAAACCAUGUUGAGAAGUGCCACAUUUGCUCAUUUUUUGAACGCUUCCAGGGAUAGUAACUCAACCAAAGUACAUUCUUCUUCAUGGAAAAAAAAGACUUUAUUUAUUUUACCUUCUAAACAAAUAGCCCAGUUCUAUAAACCAGGAGGUUCGAGGUAUGUUUAAGUUAAUGUCCCAUAUUAAAAAAAAAUCUACCCUCUGUUUUAUACCAUCUUUGAUUGCAAAGUGAAGUAAGCUUUCUGAUGUCUGAUUCCCUGUUUGUUUUUGUAUCACCUGCUCUGCUGUGGGUCACCCGUCCUAAGUGUAGCUGAAGUGAGGUGCUGGCCAGCUCCUUCCAGACUCGUGUGUAGCAAAUACUUAAAUUGCUUUGUUGUUAGUCCUUCAGGGUGACACCUCUGGCCCUCCUUUCUAAUGAUGUGUAUUAUAUGUUCCUUAAAUGUUGUUCCACUAUGUAAAGCUGUGAUUUUCAUUUGUGUUUGGAAAGAUGGGAACUAUUCUGGCAGGAUUUGUACUUCCAGCCUUGCUUAUCUGUGACUCUAAGCUAUCAUAACCCUAAGAAGCAGCCAAAAAGGCUUAUGUCAGAUCCUGAGAAUGCUCGUGGAGAUUUUUAUAGCAAAAAGAAUGAGCCCUAGCGCUGGUUAGAGUUUUGGAUCCCAGAUUUGAGAGCCAGGAGCAUGUUUCUAAAGCAGACAAAAAGGUUUUGUCUGUGCAAGCACAUUUGACUUUUCUUGUUGGUGACUUUGUACUUUUGCUAGCUAAGUUAUUAAUAUAACUUUGUGGUCCUGGACAAUAGCAAAAGUGCCUGGUGGGAAAGAGGGUGGGGUUUUUAGACUCAUUGCUAUUUAACUGACAAUUUUGGGUAAUGUGGCUAUUAGGUUACAGAUACUGCAGGCAGAAUACCUGUUGGGACGAAAUGAAGUUUAUAGGUUGUUGUAAUAAAUAUUUGAAAACAAUGUUAAAGUACAUUUUUGUUAUUACUUUCCAAGACGCUCUUGAUUUUAAAACAUUCUGUUGAAAUGUCUUUUCAGCAAAACAUUGAAAGUUUGUAUCUCCUGCCAAGUGAAAUAACUUGCUUUUUAGUAAAAACAAAUAAAAAUUUACAGAGUC